CACACACACACAUACACACCCACGCACACCUGCCCACCCAUCUUCCUAUCUCACAGACAGGUUCUCCUCUACCUCUCCUUGGAUUUGUUUCUUUACCUUUCUGUGUCAUAUCCUUCUCUUUUCUCCUCCCUCAUUCUAUCCUUUAACUGUGUUUUUAACUCUCUUGUCUAUUUCUGUCUCUUCAUCUCCUUCCUCCCUCCCUCUCUCUCUCUCUCUCUCUCUCUCUCUCUCGCUUCCGGAUGUCAGGCUCUCUCUCGCUGCAUGUUACACAUGCACAGCUUAUCCAUGAACUCACAAAUCCAACGGGAUUAUUUGAUUUUUCUACAAAGAAAGAAAAAAGAAUAAAACAGAGGACAGAGGGACAGAGUGAAUGACCAAAUGUCAGGAGCAGAAACUCAGACCAUGUCCACACAGGAGUGAAGACAGGAGCGACUGCGGCCUCAGAACAUGAUUGGCUGUGAAGGUCCUGAAGAGGCGAGAGCCUGAUCAUUGGCUGCUCCAAUGGCGUGGACCAAAUCACGGUCGCGUCCAAACCCACGGCCACAACCAGAACUGACCGCUUACAAUCCCAGGACUCAAACAUCAGCCACAAGAUUUUCAUCGACCUUUCCUCAAAUCCAGCCUUCAUGUUUAGUGCCCAUCCUCAUCGUCCUGCUUUCUGCCUUUAUUGACCUCUGCUCAGCUGGUCCUCCCCAGCCAGCUAGCCCCCCUCUCCUAUCUGGACAGCCUUUUAUCAUUUUCUGGGGUAUCUCUGACUCUUCCUGCUCUGGUCGGCCAAAUCCCAGAACCUUUGGGAUGGAGCGGGAGGGCCGCGUGGCUGUCUUUUAUGAGGACACACUUGGAAAAUAUCCAUAUUUUGUGGACAAAGACACUCCAGUCAAUGGCGGGCUACCACAGCACACACGGCUCGACAACCACCUCCAGAAGAUACAGCAGGACUUGGAGCAAACUCUACCUGCACCAAGGUAUCUCGGGUUGGGUGUGCUGCGCUGGACAGAAUGGGUCCCCCAGUGGUCCAGGAACAAAGAGAAGCAGCUUAUGUAUCUGGAAGCAUCAAGGAACCUGCUAAAGACGUUCUUUCCUAGCUGGACUCCAGAGGAGGUGGAGAAGUGGUCACAGGUGGACUUCGAGGCAGCCGCCCAGUCAGUAAUGACAGAGACUCUACGGGAGGUCAAAAGGUUGCGGCCCAAAGCAUUAUGGGGUGUCUCCACUUUCCCCAGCUGCUACAACAGUGACCCAGCCCAAAUAAUGUUAGCCAAUUACACCGGCCAGUGCCCUGCUGCAGAGAUGGCCCUUAAUGACGAGCUUCUGUGGCUGUGGAAACGAAGCUCUGCCCUCUACCCUCUCCUCGCCCUGGACAAGCUGCAGAGUGGGACACCUGGAGCCAGGCUUUAUUUAUCCAGUCAAAUAAGGGAAGCACUACGAGUGUCGUCUCUGAGCGGGAUGGAGUUUGAUCUUCCAGUAUUUCCGUUGGUCAAGAGUGUCUACAUGUCAACUAACACCUUCUUAUCAGAGACAGACCUGGUCAACACCAUAGGAGAAAGUGCAGCAAUGGGAACAGCUGGCGUUGUCAUCUGGGAGAGAAGUGAGACUAAAACAGAGAGAGAGUGCCAGGACCUGGCACAGUUUGUCCGCAAGGUCCUGGGACCCUAUGCUACCAACGUGACCGCAGCAUCACGACUCUGCUCAGCGUCUCUGUGCCAGGGAAAGGGUCGAUGCAUCCGUCAAAAACCAGAGAGCUCCGUCUAUCUCCACCUCCCACCCCGAUCUGAAGUGGUGGAAAAGGUGACAGAAAAGGCAGAUGCAGAGAAAGCCACAGAUGAGCCUGACACAGACACUGAACCAGACCCAGCUGAGAUGUGGAAGAAAGAUUUCCAGUGCCACUGGUACAAGACUGCAGACAGAGACGUCUCAGACCAACAGUCCCCCAAAGACGGAGUAUCUGCUGAAGGAUCAGUACAAGAAAAUGGUGGCGAUGUGGUGGGAACCACAACUGCUUCCAUGACAGCUUCUACAGCAAAAGGUGCCUCUGUGACUGAGUUAAGAGGAAGUAGCUCACCAGGGACUGCAAGUCCAACGCCAUCCCUGGAAGGACCAACAGACGGCGGUACAGAUCCACCAAGUGCGCCACACCUGACUGUUCUGCUGUUGCUGGUGAUUGGAAGUCUUUGCCUAGAACCUUAA